AUGGAUAAUAAAUGGAUUAAUUUCUAUUUAUUAAGUGAUCAUAUAAACAGUCGUCUGAUCUAACAUAACAUACUUCUAAUCCAACAUUAUCCAUAUAUUAAAUAUUAUACCUAAUAUUUUAUUUUAGGUGGUAUUCAAGCAAGAAUGCAACUGAAUUAACUUCAUUCGAUGACUAUAUUGAAAGAUCAAAACCAGGAUAAGACUCUAUCUAUUAUUUGGCAGGUGAAAAUAAGGAAUAAUUGCUUAAUCAAAAAAGGAUAUGAAGUCUUAUUGUUGGAAGAUCCAGUCGAUGAAUUCACAUUCUAACACUUGAAUGAAUAUAAACAAAAGAAACUCACUAAUGUUGGCAAAGGUGACUUCAAAUAACCAGAAGAUAAUGAUGAACAAAGAAAGAAAUAGAAGGCUUUGAAGAAAGUAUUCUAACCCUUGACUGACUGGUGGAGAAAGUUAUUAUCAGAAAACGUUGAUUCAGUCGUCAUUUCAUAAAGAUUGAUUGAAGAUCCCAUCAUUGUGGUUUCCUCAGAAUCUGGAUAUUCAGCUAAUAUGGAAAGAAUAUCAAAGGCUUAGGCUUAUUCAAGCAAGGGAAGCAAUUCUUAGCAAUUUGGUAAGAAGAUCGUUGAAAUCAAUCCAAAUCAUUAAGCCAUAUAAGAAUUGUUAUAGAGAGUCAAGGAUGAUCCUGAUUAGGAAACCGAAGAAAUGGCUAAAGUUCUCUAUGAGGCUGCUUUAGUUAAUUCAGGAUAUUCGAUCCCAAAUCCAGAAAAGUUUGCUAGUAGAUUCUAUAAAUUGUUUAAUUCUGCCUUGGGUAUCGACAGGGAUGCACCAAUUAAAGAUUUUGAAGUUGAAAUUGAAGAAGAACCUGAGACUUCAUCUGAACCCACAGUUGAUUAGGAUGGAACCAAAUGGGAAAAAGUGAAUACAGAUGAUGCAAAAUGGGAAACUGUAAGUAAUGAUAAAAGAGAUGAUUUAUGAUUCCUUUAUACAUUUUGUAUUGUUAAUUUUUACCUUGUUUAUUU